UGAAUUUUGAUUGUUGGCUUUCCACUAGAAUUUCAGAUCCCAAUAAUUGAUUAGGAACGCAAAUAUUACUAGUUAAAGUAGAUUUAGUCGUUUUCAUGACGUUACUUUCUCGAGUUAUAAACCAAUCCAAAAAUUUUACUCUUAAAAUUAACAAAAUUCCUAACACAUUACUGUUACGUAGCACAAAUUGUAAUUCAGUGCGGGGAACGAAGUUUGUGAGGGGGGCACGUGUCAGUGGUGCCGUUGCUGCACGAGUUCACUCUGUCACUCGGUCAUUACGGUACAUUUAUACAGCGCGUCCUACAUUGGCGAUCUCGAAAGAAAAAGUGACAAUGCCAGAGAACAAGCCGUUUCAACGACUUCCUAAUAAUGUGAUUCCUAAGCAUUAUGCAUUGGAAUUGAUUCCAAAUCUGGAAAAAUUUACUUUCAAGGGAAAAACUGCGGUGAAAGUAUCGAUUGUUAAUCCAACGAAUGUGAUAGUAUUGAAUAGCUUAGACUUGGAUUUGAAAAAUGUGAAACUUCAGUAUAACGAUGGCUCUAAUUCAGCGAUAAUUCCAUCGUCAGUAGAAUUGAGUACAACUGAUGAAACAGCAAGUAUUUAUUUCUCAGAAUCUUUACUAAAAGGCGAAGCGACGCUUUAUUCUGAGUUUACAGGUGAAAUAAAUGACAAAAUGAAAGGCUUGUACCGCAGUAAAUACAUUGCUCCCAAUGGAGAAGAACGAUAUGCGGCUGUCACCCAAUUUGAAGCGACAGAUGCACGACGAUGUUUCCCUUGCUGGGAUGAACCUGCAAUUAAAGCCACUUUUGAUAUAACCUUACAAGUUCCGGCUGAUCGUGUUGCUUUGUCUAAUAUGCCUGUAAAACAAGAAAAGAUAGCAGACAAUACGAGAAUCAUACAAUUUGACACAACACCAAUAAUGUCAACAUAUUUAGUGGCUGUUGUUGUUGGUGAAUAUGAUUAUGUGGAAAAGAAAUCUAAUGAUGGAAUUCUAGUAAGGGUUUAUACUCCUGUAGGCAAAAGUAAACAGGGGCUGUUUGCACUUGAAGUGGCUGCACGAGUUUUGCCUUAUUAUAAAGAUUACUUUGAUAUUGCAUACCCCUUGCCCAAAAUAGACCUGAUUGCUAUAGCAGACUUUUCAGCAGGAGCUAUGGAGAAUUGGGGAUUAGUAACAUAUAGGGAGACCUGUCUCUUGGUAGAUGAAGAACAUACUUCUGCUGUUAGAAGACAAUGGAUAGCUUUAGUUGUAGGACAUGAACUGGCACAUCAAUGGUUUGGCAAUCUUGUAACAAUGGAAUGGUGGACACAUCUCUGGCUGAAUGAAGGAUAUGCAUCUUUUGUGGAAUUUCUUUGUGUAAAUCAUCUUUUCCCAGAAUAUGAUAUUUGGACUCAGUUUGUGACUGAAAACUACAUUAGAGCAUUGGAAUUGGAUUGCUUAAAAAAUUCACACCCAAUUGAGGUUCCUGUUGGCCAUCCAUCAGAAAUUGAUGAAAUAUUUGAUGACAUAUCGUACAAUAAGGGGGCAUCUGUAAUACGUAUGUUACAUAGAUAUAUUGGCGAUGAAGAUUUUCGUAAGGGCAUGAAUAUCUACCUAACUCGUCAUCAGUACAAGAACACUUUCACUGAAGAUUUGUGGGCAGCACUGGAAGAGGCGUCUAAAAAGCCUGUCGGAGCUGUUAUGUCUACAUGGACCAAACAGAUGGGUUUCCCGAUGGUUGAGGUUCAGUCAGAACAGCGGGGCUCCAAUCGAGUAUUAACAUUAACUCAACGCAAAUUCUGUGCGGAUGGUAGUCAAGCAGAUGACACUCUUUGGAUGGUUCCAAUAUCCAUAUCAACGCAAGAACAACCUUCAAAGGUAGCUUUGUCUAUGGUUUUAGAAAAGAGAACACAGGAAGUUGUAUUGAAAAAUGUAGCUCAAGACUCUUGGAUUAAAUUGAAUCCAGGAACUGUGGGGUACUAUCGCACACGGUACCCGGCAGAGCUGUUGGAGCAGCUGGUGCCGGCCAUACGGGAUGGCUCUCUGCCGCCGCUCGACCGCCUCGGACUACUGGACGACUGCUUCGCACUCGUGCAAGCGGGACACACGCACACUGCCGAUUCUUUGAAACUUAUGGAAGCAUUCAGCAAUGAAACAAAUUUUACUGUGUGGUCGACCAUCGCCAAUUGUAUGUCUAAGCUUAGUGCACUAUUUUCUCAAACUGCUCUCGACAAACCCUUGAAAAAUUACGGACGAAAGCUAUUUUCAAACAUAACCAAGAAAUUAGGAUGGGACGCGGAAGAGAAAGAAAGUCACCUCGACACUCUGCUCAGAAGCUUGGUGCUCAAUAAGAUGAUUAGCUUUGAAGACCCUGACACCAUUAAAGAAGCGAAAAUUCGGUUUGAGAAGCACAUCUCAGGCGAGCGGCCGCUGGCGGCGGACCUGCGCUCGGCGUGCUACCGCGCGGAGCUGGGCGGCGCCGACGAGCGCGUGUUCGAGCGGUUCCUGCAACUGUACCGCGCCGCCGACCUGCACGAGGAGAAGGACCGCGUGUCGCGGGCCCUGGGCGCCGUGCGGGACCCCGCGCUGCUCAGGCGCGUGCUCGACUUUGCCAUCUCGGAUGAAGUAAGAUCGCAGGACACAGUUUUCGUUAUCGUGUCAGUUGCAGUAAGCAGAAACGGUCGUGACCUGGCAUGGCAGUUUUUCAAAGAUCACUUCCAGGAAUUCAUAGAAAGAUAUCAGGGUGGAUUCUUGUUGGCUCGGUUGGUGAAAUCGACAACUGAAAACUUCGCGUCGGAGGCAGCAGCACAAGAGAUUGAAGAGUUCUUCAGCACGCACGAGUCUCCCGGGGCCGAGCGCUCUGUUCAGCAGGCAUUAGAGAGCGUGCGACUCAACGCGGCCUGGCUGCGCCGCGACCUCGCCUCCACCGCCACCUACCUGCACCCCUAUCACUGAUCGCACACGCAGAACUGGAUGACGUCAAGACUGAAACUACAACGAUACCUAUGCUGUUUCAAACGGAAAUAUUCUAUUUAGCACCUAGCUUAAUUUAUUAUUUUUGACAUUCGGACAAAAAUAUAUUGAAAGGUUUUUAAAUAUAUUAAGAUUUAAAAACUAAAUAAUUGCCUCGUGAAGAGAUUGGAGUCUACUAAACUGUGUCCAGUCUACCGUCAUCGUUUCGAAUUUGUUAUAACAACAUGAUUUGUUAUUAAUAGUAUCGAUUAUCUAUCAUCGUCAGUGUUAUGUCAACUGCAUUUUAUUUUAAAUUGUUAAAGUUUGUAGAUAAGCCAGUAUUCAUUAUAAUUAAUACGAAUAUUAAAAUGUAUUCUAAUAUUAACUUAUAAUAUACAUACAUAUAUGUAACUAAACUGCACAGGCCUACACAAACCCUAUUUUGUAAAUGUGCUUAACUUAUAAAUAAAGUUAUUAUAAAAAAGAUUUUGUGUGAAUUAACAAAUAGUGCGGAGUGCAUUUCUGUUUUAUUAUAUGUAAAAAUAGGUACUUGUAAUAUUUAUAAAUAAUUAUGUUAUUGACACUACCAAAAUUUUUACCCAACAUUACAUGUGGAAUUUUGUAGAUUUAUUGCAUACCCACUCGCACUUUAGUAGUCGAAAUUGUGAUUAAUUUUUAUCUACUAUUAAAUUGAAAGUUACCAUUAGCAUCUCGUUUUAGUUGUCUUCGCUGAAUUUGUUAUAAGACUGUGUGAUUGCAAAUAUAUGCUACAAAAU